CGGUUACAAAAGUUUUCGCAAACAAUGCGCUCGACAGUCUUCGCAUAAACUUCUAAGUAAACAGAAGAGUUACUGCAGUUCCAUUAAGUCGAAUAAUCAAAGCGAAAAUAAAAAUUGUUUUUUUUUCUGUUUUUGUAGUAACUAGAUAAAGGUGAAUGAAACACGCGUUAGUAAUCCAUAACAUUCCACUCGACAACAAAUAUCAAAAAAUAUAAAAAAACUAUACUCUAUAGAUGGAUUUGAAUCGCUAAAAUAAAUCUGCAAUAGAGACUAGUAAUUGUUAAAGCGAAAAAGAAGCAUUGAUGAGCAUCGAAAACGAACAGCAUUUAAAAGAUUCAAAAAGCGAGCAGAUAAUAAAAUACAUACAUAGAUUAGUAUGAGCAUAUGAAUUCCGCUGCUAAACUACUCAACUCAGUAAUACAAAUCUUUAAUUUCAACGAAAAAUACUAGCAAAAUAUUUUUGAUGAUCACAAUUGUUUGGCUAAUCUCUGCGCAAACAUUUAACAAAAUUCCUCUAUACGAACAAUACGGCGCAAGGCAAAAUCGAAUCGACUGAUCGCAUCAUCACCAAAAAAAGGCAAAAGUUUAACAAUAGUAAUUACUCGUACCACCAUCAGCAACAUUAUAAAAAAUACUAACAAAAAAAAAAAUUGCAGCAGCAGUAAGAGACCUCCACACCGGUUUAUAAUCGCCUGAGAGCAUUUUUCAUAAACAACCAAUUAUAAAGAGACGCUCAAAAACGCUUUAAAAUCAUAGCUGAACAACAAGAAGACACUUUGCUCCACAGCUACAGCUGAGAAACGUGAAUCAUUCGACGACACGUCACCAGCACGCCGAGGUGAGCAGAGCGGCGCAGGGUGCACGCGUCUACCGUCAGCAGUUAGUUUAACGUUUCGUUGUUUUUCAAUCCCCCAAUAGGCAAUCAAGUAGCUGUGGGACGCGAGAUUUCGAGACAAACAAGUUAAGAACGCGCUUUCGAGCAACAGCAACAUCAACGACAGGCGUAACAGCCAGGCCAGCCCACACGCUUCCUUGGUACAUACAAACGCGCGGAGACAGUGCUACUGCAAAAGAUAGCGAUUAGAGCUCAGCAGCUAAGUACAUAGCAACAGUAGAGUGUUGUGUUGGAGCUGCCUUCCGCACGCGCUUAAGGCGGGAGACAGACAAAAAUAACAACAACAACAAUACGCCAAUUAUAAUAACAGACGCAACAAUAAAUUAGCAUCGGUUCUUUGUUUUGGUUUGUCGCCGUCGUCGUCGUUGCCGUUGCCGUCGUCGUCGUUGCCGUUGCCGCCUCCAGCACCGCUGUAGCUACGUUGUCACGUUUGGAUUGUUGUAGCGAUUCAUAUUUGGCGAUGGCGUCACAAGGUGUCGCAGCAGCUAAUUCAAGGCUGGCGCAGAUGCAGAUGCGUUUUCAACAAAAACAGCAACAGGAGCGUGAGCAUAGACGCCUGGAGAUGACAGACGAGGGUGCCAGCUCCACGGAUGAAAUUAGGAGUCCAAAGCGCAUUACAAACGGCAAGGUGCGUCAAAUGUUCGAUGAACGAAGACGUGGCGCAGGCAUCGAUCGGGCGAAUCCUCUGAAGCCAAUCAGUUCUACGUCUAAAGCACCGGCGCCAAUUCCUCGCCAAGUCGGUGGCGCUAUACACAAUUCAAAUCAAGCACGAAAUGGCAACAUUGCGUCGGUUAAGCCACGCGGCGUAGUCAAUGCAAACAGUGUUUCCACAAAUGUGCGAAAUCCUCCAAGGCGCCUGCUAAACGGCAACGCCGACGCGCUGUCGAAGGAAAUGUCUUCACUCAGCUUGGGCUUACACUCGCCAGAUGAUCGCAAUAAUAAUAGGGACAACGAGGUUCUGGGCCGUGCCAAAUCAUCAAACAGUCUAAAACUAAAUCCAGUUGUGACAAAAAAAUCACCUUCGCCAAUACCACUACCAGCUGCACAAAUCUCCAAGCGACCAGUAAAUACAUCUGCUACUGCUGCUGCUGUACGAAAAACGCCAGUACCAAAGCAGAGUUCCACCCUCAGAACCUCAAAACCCACUGCAGCAACUACUACGAAGACUCCACCAAGGAGCACUUCGGGAAAUAUGGCUACUACUGCAGGUAACCGAACGCAAGCUAACAUAGAUGCGGGCAACAGUGGUCUGUGCUGCUAUUGCAAUCGCCAUUUCAAUAUGGAAAGACUUCCGAAGCAUGAGAAGAUUUGCGAGAAAAUGGCGCAUACCAAGCGUAAGAUCUUUGACGCGGCACGUCAUCGUUUACGAGGCACCGACGCCGAAAAGUAUGUGAAAAAAGCACAAUCUCGUAAUAACGCCAACACUAAAUCCGGAUACUCCAGUGCUGCUGCUGUAAGUGGCAUGUCAGGCAGUAUGAAGAAGAAUAACUGGCGAAAGAAACAUGAGGAGUUUAUACAAGCUAUUCGUGCCGCCAAGCAGGUACAGGCGCAUUUAGCCCGUGGUGGCAAGCUAAGUGAUUUGCCACCACCACCACCUUCGGAGAACCCCGACUAUAUACAGUGUCCACAUUGCUUGCGUCGCUUUAACGAGUCUGCAGCUGAGCGGCAUAUACCGCGCUGCGCCACUAUGUUACACAACAAGCCGAAGCCGGGUAAAACGGCACCGAGACGAAGAUAAAUUGAAGUCGGUGCGCUCAAACUUACUAAAUAAAUCAGCCUUUUGCUACAUUUAAUCUCAUAGAAACUAACAACGAUGGAGUUUUGGUGCAUUGCUGACAGAAUCGUUGACCAUUUGGCUGAGGGUGCUUCAACAAAAAGGCCAAUUGUCUGCGUGGGCCGCCGAGAUUUUAUAUGACGAAUUAAUGU